ACUGGAACACAUCUGUUUGCUCUUAAAUGCAGCUGUGUUUUCUGUCAGAUUAAAGAGAAAGCCUUUGAGGUCACUGCUGACAAUGCGGGACUCCGUCUUCAACUGCUGUUUUAACCCGCCUCAUCCUCCAAAAGACGAAUUCCCCACACAAGGCGCUAGAGCCCACGCCCUGCCCCCGAACGACAGGCGUUUCCUGAUCUUCUUUGAUUUUGAUGAGACGCUUGUGGACGAGUGCAGCGAUGAUGCAAUGGUUUCGGCAGCACCCGGUGGCUCUCUGCCUGGCUGGCUCAAAGACACAUACAGAGCAGGCAGGUACAACGAGUACAUGCAGCGAGUACUGGCAUACCUUGCCGAGCAAGGGGUCGCACCAUCAAACAUUCGUAACACAAUAGAGCGUCUGCCACCUUGCCCGGGCAUCCCUGCUCUACUGCGCUUCCUGAUGUCGUGCCCGCCACAGGACUUUGAGGUCAUCUGCGUGUCUGAUGCCAACACCGUGUUCAUCGAGACCUGGCUGCAGAACCUUGGCCUUCGCUCACUUUUCUUACGCAUCUUUACAAAUCCUGCUCAUUUUGAUGAGAACGGACAGCUGCAGCUUCGCCCCUUCCACUCCCACGACUGUCAGCGGUGCCCGGUAAACAUGUGCAAGGCAGAGAUUGUGCGGCGGUACACGGCUCAGCGGGUGCUCGAGAGAGGCGGCAGGCACUACCAGAGGGUGCUUUAUGUAGGUGAUGGUGCUAAUGAUUUCUGCCCGUCAUUGACACUGGCACCACGUGAUGUGGCAUUUCCCCGGCGUAACUUCCCCAUGCAUAGGUUGAUCCAAGAGAUGCAUGAGGCCAAACCCGGAGAGUUUAAAGCCAAUGUCGUGCCAUGGAGUAGCGGGGAGGACAUUGUAAACCGGCUUAGGAAGAUCGUGGAAGAAAGGCCUUAAAAACUUGACCAUAACACUGACAAAUUCCACCCGUUCUCAAACAUUUUUGUGUAAUUUCAGUUGUGUGGAAUUGGCAGAAUCCUAAAUGCUUUCUACAUCUGUCCACUACGUAUAGAAAUGGCUUCUACACCCUGUAUAGUGCACUACGUAGUUAAAUACAAUGCGGUACUUGCUUCAUGCAGACAGUUAUUUUUAUCACAGUUUAGGCAAGCUGUAGCCUAGUGGUUAGGUACGGGACAGUAAUCAGAAGGUCGCUGGUUCAAGUCACACCACUUCCAGGUUGCUGCUGUUGGGCCCUUGAGCAAGGUCCUUAACUCUCAAUUGCUCAGACGGUGUACUGUAACUGUAAAGUAAGUCUCUUUGGAUAAAGUCGUCUGCUAAAUGCCAUAAAUGUAAUAUUCUCUUAUCCACACAAUAUUAAAACUUCAU